GGACUGGGCCCAGAAUAAAAUGCUAAUGCUGGUUCCUAGCUAGCCCCGGCUAGCCCUCGAUUUAGUUUUUCUAGUGUGUGACACGUGUCCGAAAUAAUUUAUUAGGGUUUGUGUUAUACUUCCAUAUUGCCAAACCCGGACUGUACACGUGAAGGCAAAAAUGUUUCAAACACUUUUAUAUUUUGAUUUGGGGUGUUAAGAACCUGGCCGGUUUGCUAUAGCUGCCUUUAGCCUAGCACGCGAACUAUGCUUUGGAUAAUUAAAUUACAGUUAGUCUAAAAGGUUAAGUGUUUGAGAAAGGUAUUUUGGCAUGCUACCAGUAGUAACGUGUUUAGGGGGUCCAAACUGACGAGCGGUUUGGCUUCAAAAGUAGUUAGCAUGGCUGCCACUGAUUAGCCAUCAUGGCCUCGUGGUAAACAAAGUGACAAUGUUUAUAUUCCGUGCACUAAAUAAUCUUAAAGAGGAAACGUUUUCUGAAUAAUUCACGAUGGAUGAGGAUUCUGCUGACUUAACCAACCAUGGCAACUGUAGUGAAAUUCCGAAAUUUAACAUUGUGGUUAAAGAGGAGCCUGAAGAUGUAGGCUGGGAUAUUGAUGAUACUGGAGAAAGUCCUGACUCCAGCUCUAGUCAAGAGGCAUUCACAGAAUCUGAACACCAAGAGAAUCAAACAACUAAUAAGUCUGGGUCUUUCCCAGAAUGUGGAAUACAGAUCUCGCACCCAUCUAAUGGCAGUACAACAAAAACACAAUCUGCAAAGACAUCAUCCAUGUGCUCAGUGUGUGGAAAAGAAUUUGCCUGCCCAUCCAAACUGAAGAGACACCUCAAAACUCACACAGUAGAGAAGCCUUAUCAGUGCUCCAUUUGCAAAAAGAAAUUUAGUGAAAAGAAAAACCUGCAAAGACACCAGAAAGAACACACAGGAGAAAAGCCGUUCAGUUGCUCUGUGUGUGGGAGGAAUUUUACAGAAGCAGCAACUUUGAAUAGUCACCUUCUUAUACACACUGGAGAGAAACCUCACUCCUGCUCUACAUGUGGGAAGCAAUUCCGUCUAAUUGGAGACAGGAACAGACACCAGAAAGGACACACUGGAGUGAAACCAUUCAGUUGCUCUGUGUGUACAAAGAGUUUCACCCAGGCAAGAACCUUAAUGAGACACCAGCGAAUUCACACAGGAGAGAAACGUCACUCCUGCUCUACAUGUGGCAUGCUAUUCCGCGAGAAAGGAGACCUGAACAGACACCAUAGAGUACACUCUGGAAAGAAGCUGUUUAGUUGCUCCAUGUGUGUGAAGAGUUUUUCUUCUUCAUUAUCUCUUAUUGAACAUCAGAGAACGCACAAAGGAGAAAGUGAAUCUGUGGAACUGGAAUCACAACGUCAGGUGUCUCUAGCUGAAGAAGAGUCUGGUCUUAAUCUAGUACCGGAUGUUACAGUGAAGGAAGAGGAGGACGAUCCUGCUUCUGCAGAGAGACUGGACUCUAAUGACAAGGUGAGUUCCUGUACAUCAGGAGAACCUCAACGGCAUAAGAGGAACCACACAGCAAAGGAUCCCUACCUCUGCACUAUGUGUGGAACUCAAUUUAGUGGGAAAGGUGACCUGAUCAAACACAAGAAAAUACACACUGGAGAAAAACCGUUCCCCUGCCCAGACUGUGGAAAAUGUUUUGCGGUUGCAUCUGCCUUGAGAAGACACUUAAUGACACACACUGUGACACACACAGGAAAUAAAUCUUACUCCUGCUCUAUGUGUAAGAAGAGAUUUACCACACAAAGAAAUGUCUGUAAUCACGAGAAGACACACACAGGACGAAAGCCUUACUGCUGUUCACUGUGUGGAAUUACUUUCUUAAAAUAUAUGUCAUAUUGGAGGCACAAGCGAUUUCACACAAAACUAAACUUCAGAGAACAUGAACAAUCACCCACAAGAAGAAAGCCUUACUCCUUCUCACUGUGUGGAAUGACUUUCUCAAAAUAUAUGAUAUAUUGGAGACACAAAUGGUUACGUGUAGAAGAGAACCCUCACUCCUCUUCUGUGUGUGGGAAGCAGUUCCUUGGAAAGGAUGCCAUGAAGAAACACCAAAACUCUUACUCCUGCCCCAUCUGUGGAAAAUGUUUUGCUUUUGCUGGGAUUAUGAGGGAACACCUGCUAACACACUCUGAUGAGAAACCUUCCUCAUGCUCCAUUUGUGGGAGGAGUUUUGCAACACUAUCAUAUCUUACAAAGCACCAAAGCAUGCACUCAGAGAAAUGUUACGUCUGCUCUGUGUGCGGAAAGCAAUUUCUUACGAACCGGAACCUGAAAGUUCACCAGAAGCUGCACACUGAAGAUAAACUCCAUCAGUGCUCUGUUUGUGGAAAGAGUUUUGCUAAAGCACAAACCUUGAGUAGUCACAUUCGAACACACACAGUAAAGAAACCAAACAUCUGCUCUUUAUGUGGGAAGACUUUUGCAAGAGUGCAAAACUUGCGGAGUCACCUUCGGACACACACAAGAGAAAAACCUCACUCCUGCUCUGUGUGUGGGAAGCAAUUCGGGCAAAAGGGAGACCUGAAUAGACAUCAGAAAGUACAUACUGGAGAGAAGCCAUUUAGUUGCUCUGUAUGUAGAAAGAGUUUUAACCAAGCAAAUACCUUGAGAAGACACCUUCUUAUACACACUGGAGAGAAGUCUCACUCAUGCUCUGUCUGUGGGAAGCAAUUUCGUGAGAAGAGGGGCCUGAAAAGACACCAAAGAGUACACACUGGAGAGAAACCCUAUCCCUGCACUGUGUGUGGCAAGACCUUUGCCAAAGCGCAAAACUUGAGGGGUCACCUUCGGACACACACAGGAGAAAAACCUCACUCCUGCUCUGUAUGUGGGGAGAGUUUUGCCAGAGCACAAUCAUUGACUAGUCACAGCCUGAAACACACAGGGGAGAAACCUCAUGCCUGCUCUUUGUGUGGGAAGACAUUUUGUGAAAAGGGAGCCCUGAACAGACACCAGAUAGUACACACCGGAGAGAAACCCUUCAGUUGCUCUGUGUGUGGGAAGAGCUUCUCCUCAUCGUCAUAUCGCAACCAACAUCAGAGAACACACAUGAGACAGAAUAAGACUUUUGAUCAAGGAUCACACCAACCUGUAUCUGUAGUUGUGGAAGAAUCUGAUCUCCGUCUACUACUGGAUAUUAAAGUGAAGGAAGAGGAGGACGAUCCAGCUUUUGAGAGUCCAGACAACUGCCCUGACAGUAAAACGACUCCCUGCACACCCGGAGAACAAGGACAACGGCAGGAGAAUGUCAGAGCUAAGAGCCCCUACAGCUGUUCAGUGUGUGGCAAAGAUUGUCAAAGUGUAUCUGCGCUGGAAAGACACAUGAGAACACACACAGGAGAGAAGCCUUACAGCUGCUCUUUGUGUGAGAAGCAGUUUCGUCAAAAAAUACACCUUCGAGAUCACCAGAAAGUGCACACUGGAGAGAAACCUUAUGCCUGCAACGAGUGUGACAAAAAGUUUGGUUUUGCUUCAGCGUUAAAAAGACAUCAGAAGCUACACUCACGAUAGCCUUGCUUACAUACAAGUUAAAGUCCUUGUCACUUUGUAUUUGACAUCUGAGGUAGUAAAUACUUAGAUUUCCGAGGAGUGGUUAGUUAGCUGACUUGAUGAGCCAAAUUUGUCAUGCAGCUCUAGAUUGCAAGAUAUGUUCAAAACAAAAGAGUUGUUGCUUGAAUAGGCAGAGGUCUAGCCAUGAUAAAGUUGAGUUGCUUUCUUGACAUCUCAGUUUACUGUUAAGUUCUGUAGAUCCUAGUUCUGGUUCAUGUGGACAGCUGCCCAGUAGUGAUGUCAGGUGCUGCAAAGGCAACAAACCAGAGGUGUUUUCACAUUCCCAGGUCCAAAACAGAAGAUGCGAAAAACUUGGUAUUAAAUAUAGCUAUGACUGCGGGAGAUCAAGUUAGCGAUAAAAUCUGCUAACAUAAAAAAACACUACAGCAUGAUGGGAGCAGUGAAGAGAAAAUAAAUGGUUUUGGAUAUAGUCGUUUUUAUGUGUUGCGCAACAAUGGGUAUGAUUUUGAAUUGUAUGUUGUGCAGUGUGCAUCGGUAAUUCCAAUAAAAUACUAAAAUAUCAUA